ACAAAAAAAAACAUAAUAGCUUCCAUUUCUAGGUGCGCCCCCGUGCGAUUGACAGUCUCGUGAGCAGUGUUGAACUAGACAGUAAAAAAACAGGGCUAGCUCACUGUCUAUGGGCAGACAUUCUCUGCUAUGGGCUAGCUAGCUAGCAGUGGGUAGCAUUCAGGUUGUUUUGAACAGGGGACAGUGGCGGACCCGUCUGGCACUGAUAAUCACAGAGCUCAUAGUAACGCUGUCGGAGGGAGGCCUAGCAGGGAAUGCACUGCUAUCUGCCCUGAAAGAACGGACCGUGUCUUUUGGGGGCGUUCCUGUAAAAAACAGCAAUGUUGGGCUUUCUACGGACGAUGGUGGGAAAGAGCGGCAUGGUAAAACCAUCCUGCCUAGUAAGACCGGUUGCAGUGACCCGGAUCACGGGGCGCUACCUGGCACACCAGGAGAGUUUGCCCAAGUUACCUGUGCCACCUCUCAAGCAGACAUGCGACCGCUACCUGGCUGUCCUGGAGCCAAUCGUGGAAGAGGAUGAGCUGCAACACACACGCCGACUCCUCGAGGAGUUUCAGACGGGAGGUGUUGGGGAAAGGCUGCAGAAGGGUCUCGAGCGCAGAGCCAGGAAGAUGGAAAACUGGCUGUCAGACUGGUGGUUGAAGGUGGCCUACCUAGACUACAGGAUGCCUGUGGUGGUGCACUCCAGCCCAGGUGUGGUCCUUCCUCGGAUGGAGUUUCAUGACCGACAGGGUCAGAUGAGAUUUGCUGCUAAAAUGAUUUCCGGAGUCUUGAAUUUCAAGACUAUGAUUGACAAUGAAACAUUGCCGGUAGAGCAUCUGGGAGGGCAGGCAUUGUGUAUGCACCAGUACUAUCAGGUCUUGUCAUCCUGUCGCAUCCCUGGAACCAAGAGUGACUCCAUAGUGAACUACUCCCAGGGCAGAAGGCCUCCAUCACAUAUCACAGUGGUGCACAACUUCCAGUUUUUUGUGCUGGACGUGUACAACAGUGAUGGCACCCCACUGACUGUGGAUCAGAUCUACAUUCAGCUGGAGAAGAUCUGGAACUCCUCCCUGCAGACAAACAAGGAGCCCAUUGGUAUCUUGACGACACAGGACCAAACAUGGGCGAAAGCUUACAGCACCCUCAUCAAAGACAGGACCAAUAAGGAGUCUGUGCGUGCCAUCCAGAAGAGCAUCAUCACCGUGUGCCUGGACGCACCCAUGCCGCGCGCCUCCGAGGAGCAGUACCGGAGCCGGGCAGCUGUGCAGAUGCUGCACGGCGGAGGCAGCCGGUGGAACAGUGGAAACCGCUGGUUUGACAAGACUAUACAAUUCAUCAUUGGGGAGGACGGCUCAUGUGGUGUGAUAUAUGAACACGCCCCAGCUGAAGGACCUCCAAUCAUCAAAUUAAUUGACCAUGUAGUUGAAUACAUGAAGCAAUCUGAAAUGGUGCGCACUCCAAUGGUGCCACUGCCCAUGCCACGGAAGCUUCGCUUCAACAUCACACCGGAGAUAAAGAACAACAUUGAAAAAGCCAAGCAGAACCUGAACAUAAUGGUGCAGGACCUUGAUGUUCGAGUCAUUGUUUUCCCUCAUUUUGGCAAAAAUGUUCCCAAGUCACACAAGAUGAGUCCAGAUGCCUUUAUCCAGAUUGCUCUACAACUAGCUUACUACAGGAUGUAUAAGGUCUGCUGUGCCACAUAUGAGAGUGCCUCCCUGCGCAUGUUCAGGCUGGGCCGCACCGACACUAUCCGCUCAGCCUCCAUAGACUCCGCUAAGUUUGUCAAGGCCAUGGACAACUCCGCUAUCCAAAACAUGGAGAAAGUGGCUCUUUUCGAGAAAGCUGUAAGAGGACACAGGACAUACACUGAUAUGGCGAUUCGUGGCCAGGCCAUUGAUAGGCACCUACUCGGACUCAAGCUUACAGCUAUUGAGGACCUCACCUCCUUGCCAGAAAUCUUCAUGGACACGUCUUAUGCAAAAGCUCUGCAUUACAACCUCUCUACUAGCCAGGUGCCGGCAAAGACAGACUGUGUGAUGUGCUUUGGCCCGGUGGUGCCUGAUGGCUACGGCGUGUGCUACAACCCCAUGGAUGAGCACAUCAACUUUGCAGUGUCUGCCUUCAACAGCUGCGAAGACACUAACGCCAGCCGGAUGGCCCAGACCCUGGAGGAGGCACUGGUAGACUUGAGGGACCUGCUGGAACAGACACCCAAAGCCAAACUGUGAGGCUCUCAUAAAUGGUGUAGUGCCAGAGGCCUGUUUUUAAAUGAUGAACUGCUUUUUAAUUCGGUACACCCACCUUGAAGCUGACCUGGUAAGCCUGCUGGAUUUCUUGGGGCAAUUGGCAGUGUCUUCUUGCACAUAAUUUGUUCAAAACAAGAGUGAGAUACUAAGCACUUCGUGUGUGUGUGUGUGUGUGUGUGUGUGUGUGUGUGUGUGUGUGUGUGUGUGUGUGUGUGUGUGUGAAUAAGCCCCACAGACACUUUGUUGGCCAGAUGAUGUUUGCCAAGCAGGGCUAAGGUGGUGUACUUGGUUAUCCCAAGAAUCCCAACAAUCCUUGCCAUUUUCACACUGAAGAAGGGUGUCAGCCCGAACCGUUUUGUGAGGCAAUUAAAAAGUAAACAAAACUGUUGAGUGCUUGCUUUAAUUAUUUUUCAAAGUCACCCUAAGAAAGCCAAUUACGAAAAUACUAACACUUUGAAUGUUUACCGGAUGAAUUAUUUUUUUGCUUGAUUGCAGUCCUGGAAUAGAUUUGGGCAUCAGGACAUUUUGUAGCCCUGUUGGUAUGUUCUAAACACAGUUUUUUUGUUGUAAAUACAGAAUAUUGAUUAUUUCAAUACCCUCCAGGUCUCCAAUUUCUUCACUGUUUAUACCCAUGAAGGCCUGUCUGAGUAAAACCACAGACACUGGUGCAGAAUUACUUUACCUGGGGCAUUGGUUACAGUCUAUGAGCCACAAACACUGACAUGUCCAACUGCUGUAGCCAGACUAUUCUUUUUAUCUUGCCUUAUUCUUUUUUUAUACAGAUAUUCCCAUAGGGUGGUCUGCCUCUUUAUCUACAAAGAUAUUAAAUAAGAUACAAGAAUGUCAAGUCAUGCCAAAGUGGAAACAUGACCAUUUCAUGCAACAGUCCAUAUUAAUCUUAGCUUACCAGCUUACCAUUUUUACUGCAAUUAACAUUUCCAUUGCUGUGUAAUAGAUGGAACAGUGGAGCAUUUGUACAUUUCCAUGACACAUUUACUGUGCUUGUUUAUUUUGCUUUUUUUUCUCUCUUUUGAGUACAUGAUUUGUGUCAUUAGUGAAUUGUUCACUUGAUGUAGUUUCCUGUGCCUUGUGUGAAACUAUGUAAUCAUAAAACCUGAGUUGACCGAAGCUGUCAAGGCUGUAUUUAUUUACUAAUACUAAGAAAAUGAAAAUAAAUGUUUAGAAUAAUAAAAAUAUGAAAAUGGA